AUGGAGGAAAAGCUUCUACCGGGGAUUGUUACCAGAAAAAGGGAGAUACGCUAUCCACGCCUUCAGAACUGGACCCUCCCCUCAAUAUGCACCCUCUUCGCAUUACUCAUUCUCUGCAAUCACUACAAUCUAUACCCCAGGUUACAUCCCUGCCGUAGUCCAAAAACCCUCAAAUACAGUGGCGAGCACAUAACCUGGGAACCAUGCGGCGACCUGCACGACAAACCACUCGAAUGCAGUAGCAUCGAAGUGCCCCUAGACCAAUUUGCAACCGAGAAACCAAACCCAGCAAACGAAAAGAGUUUCAAAAUCCCACUCAUCCGCCUCCGCAGCGCAAACGCAACACAAAACCUCCUCCUAAACCCCGGCGGCCCAGGAGCCAGCGGUUUCGAAUUCCUAUACCGCCGAGGCGACCAGCUCCAAAGCAUCCUAGGCUCAGGCUUCCACCUACUGACAUUCGAUCCGCGUGGCGUGAACAGCUCAAAACCCGGAGCAUCAUGUUACCCCGACGCCAAGACACGACAAGAGCAGUCUCAUAUUCGAGCGCGCGAUGCCGCAGCCGAUAGUCCUGAGAUCUAUGCGUGGGCGCAGAACUUCGCAAAAGCAUGUCCGGAUACAAUGGGUGAGUAUGCGCCGUAUAUCAACACCCCGCAAACCGCAGCGGAUAUGAAUAGUAUCCUCGAUGCGGUUGGUCAGGAAGAUAUGAUAUACUGGGGUUUUAGUUACGGCACUCUUCUCGGACAGACGUACGCGGGACUUUUCCCCGAACGAUCGAAGCGCGUGGUGAUCGACGGAGUCGUUGAUCAGUUCGCUUGGUAUGAGGGCGUGGGUGAAUCUGAUGCAUUAAUCGACACGGAGAAGGUGCUUGAUGGGUUCUUCGAUGAAUGCAUGAAAGCAGACGCGGGUAGCUGUGCGCUUGCGUCGCUGGCAAAGUCGAAUGAAGAACUGAGUGAAAUAGUCCUCUCGGCCAUGGAUAAGCUCCGCCAUCAGCCGAUCGAUGUAUACAUCAACAAUACCGUCUACGGAACCCUGACAUACGAAAAAGUCUGGUACAAUGGCGUCUUUGCGGCAUUAUACAAGCCUCCGUUGUGGUCGUCCCUCGCGCAAAACCUGUACAGUCUAGUCCAAGGAAAUGCAACACCUGCCUUCUUAGCUUACAACACCGGAGAUGAACUAAACCACGAGUCUAACGAAUUCGUGACACUGAACGACGGCCGCACGGGCCCAGCCUACUGGCCGCAGGGAAGAGACAGCCUGCUGGCACAGAUCACACCAUGGCUUAACCAGAGUCUCUUCGGCAACUCUUUUCUCACAUCAUUCUACCAGAAACAGCAAUGGAAAGUGCCGAGGACGCAUCCGUAUGUUCCGCGACAAGGAGUCAAGACCGCUCAUCCAUUAUUGAUAAUGUCGACUACCUAUGACCCCAUAUGUCCCCUUGUCUCAGCGCGCGUGGCUAAUAAGGCUUUUGCUGGAUCUCGGGUUGUGGAGGUUGAGGGGUAUGGGCAUUGUUCUGUGGCUGUGGCUUCGGUCUGUGCUGCAAAGCAUUUGCAGGCGUUCUUGUAUGAGGGGAAGCUUCCGGAUGGGUAUACGCGGUGCAAGGUUGAUUCUGCUUAUUUUGCUGUUCCUGGUGAGAAUGAGGACAUGGCUGCGCAGACGUACUUUGAGGACGCUGAGGAUCGGAAUAUUCAUCUUGCGCAAUUGGAGCUUAUGGCAGGAUGGGAGUUCACUGGGCCGAUCAUGUGGUGA